ACACUGCAACACAUGUAGUAACCCAGUUUGUUUUUUGGUAAAAUUUUAUUGAUUUUUCUGUAUUUUCCUGCGCUACAUUCAAAAUUUAUUUAAAGACCGAUUAUGGAUGUUUUUCCCUCGGAAGUCUACCCAUCUAUCGACGCGAUUGACCAUUCACCAGAUGGUAAACUUGCAAUUGGUUCAUCAAAGUUAACUGGUCGUUACUGGAAUGGUUCUUUAUGGUUGUUUAAAACACCAGACCAAGCCCCAGACAGUAUAUAUGCACCUGAUAACAAACACUGUAGCUGCUGUGCAUCAACUGAUGCUGGUUGCACAGACCUUUCCUGGCUUGAUGAGAAACGAUUAGCAUUUGCCUCUGACAAUGGCAUUAUAGAACUGUGGUCUACUGGUGAAAGUUUUAACGAAGUUGAAAUUUUAGCAAAUUUAACAGGACAUGAUGACAUUGUGCACAGUAUCUCCGUAAAUUGUGACAAAGUUAAGAUAGUCAGUGGUAGUUUGGAUAUGAGCAUCAGAGUAUGGGAUCUAGAAAGAGAGGCAUGUACAGAUACAUUUCAAGGUCAUUCUGAUGCUGUGUAUGGAGUUUGUUUUAGACAAGAAGAAAAAGAAAUAUUUGCAUCAGCAUCAGAGGAUGGCAACAUUGUUCAUUGGGAUCUUAGAAAUGACAAACCAGCAAAGCUAUUGUUGAAUUCAAAGCAUCACUCUGCAGCUCCACUAUGUUUGACAUGGGAUCAAACUGGGAAUUACCUAGCUAUAGGUUAUAAAGAUGGCAGUGUUUCAUGUUAUGACAUAAGGAACAUAGAUCAGGCCUUGGUUCAGCGUAAACCUCAUUGUCGUGAUGUGAAUGCUGUAGCAUUCUGCCCAAAAAAAACAUCAUGGUUGGCAUCUGUAUCUAACGACUGUGUCGUAAAUAUUUUAGACCUAAAUGCUAAUCAGACAUGCUAUCAAAAUAAUGACCACAAAGACUUUGUUCGUGAUUUGUCAUGGAGCCCCAUAGAUGGUUGUUUGAGAACAUGUGGAUGGGACACACAGAUCAUACGACAUACCACGGCCAUGAUUGAAGAGGGAAUGGAAACAAAACCUAACAAAACCGUUGCCUUGGAAACUAGUGUCAUUGCAAGAGUUGGGUGUAAUGGUAUAAUUUCAACAGUGAAUAAAUCUAAUCUUGUAGAGUAGCUUACAGAUGAUGAGGUUUUAUGAAC